AUGGGCCCAGCUGGAAGAAGAUUGCAAGAGCCCUGCCUACCCGCCGUGUUCCUGUUUGCUAACCGAGCUUUAGUUGACAAGCGCAAGUUUUACGAGCUUCCAUUGAAUACCCCUCGCCAAGUCGGCGACGUUGAGGUGUACCAAGCACCGCACUACUCUGGACCGACGCAUGCUCACAAGAUCCUGGACCCGGCCCACAAUGUAUGCGCCUCCAAGCAGGAAGACUGGGCAGCAAUCACACAUGACGACGCGCUUCUCACUUCCCAUAUCCCUGGUGACGACCGCAGAUUCAAGUAUGGCGAUAUUGCAAGACUGUACCGCCGGGACGAGGCGAAACAUAAUCAAAGAUGGACCCGAACUUCCCGAUCCAAUCGCAAGAUUAGAAAGACGGAUGCCGAGAAGACCAAGUCGGGCAAGACACAAGAAAAGAAGAGGUCGGCCGGCGCACUAAAGAAGGAUAGCGGUACCAAGAGGACCAAGACAGCGCCCGCAACUGCUAAACAAGUAAAGGCGGAUAUUGCCACAGCGCGAAGCCACCUGCUCAAGAAGUUUGCUUUGUGGAAAAGCCACAGCCCUCCUAGUAAGGCGGCUUCUACUCCGGUAAAGGGCACGAAGGGCGCCGUCCCUGUCAAGGGUGCGACUCCCGGAAAGACUGCUACGCCCGGCAAGACUCCUACUCCCGGCAAGACUCCUACUCCUACUCCCGGCAAGACUCCUACUCCUACUCCCGGCAAGACUCCUACUCCUGCUCCCGGCAAGACUCCUACUUCUGCUCCCGGCAAGACUCCUACUUCUACUCCCGGCAAAACUCCUACUCCCGGCAAGACUGCCACUCCCAACAAGACCACUUUGCCAUCCAGACCGGCUGCGAGAAAGUAA